CGCUUCCGGCUGUCGCUGGCUGCUGUAUGAAGCACAAACGUCAUCAGUCGCAAGUGUGUAUCUCCGUGUAACUCUUCAUCAGAUCAGUUUGUAAAUGGGCUAAACAACAUCUCUUAAUAUAGAAGGAGGGUGGAGCCCCUACCGCCCACAGUGUGAAUGUACACUUCCAUUAUGGCCUGGUAGCCUUCCGCUCGCCGUCUCCCUCAGCAGCCAGGGAUAGCAACAGACUUUAAAUUAUUAUCUCUCAGGUUUCUCCAUGUCGGAAAACACCUAUGAAUUACCAAGCAAUCAUUACAGCCAAAUACUGGCAUAUCUGGAGGAACAAAGAAAGGCCCAAAAUGAGCUGCUCUGCGAUGUCUGUUUUUUGGUGCAUGGUGUUAAAAUUUAUGCCCAUCGCUGUGUUUUGGCAGCAUGUAGCCCAUACUUUCAGACUAUGUUUAGUGGAUCUUUUAAAGAGUUAGAUGUCAAUAGCCACGGGAUGUGUGUUGUUGACCUGACAGAGACAGUGAGUGAUCCAGCACACCUGGACCUGUUGAUUACCUGUCUUUAUAAAGGUCAGAUAAAGCUGAUGCAGGACAACAUAAUUGACUUGAUGUUUCUGUCCAGCUACUUGAUGGUGGAGUGUGUGCAGGCAAUAUGUCUGCAGUACCUGUCUGACACCUUCAAUAUUCACACAUGUCUCUCAUACCUGGCGCUAGCUGAAAAUCUUCAGCUUCAUCCUCUACUUGACAAAGCGGUUGAUCUUGUGAGCAAUCGCUUCCAUGACUAUUUUAGGCAUCAGCCAGCAAUAAUGUCCUUAUCUGCUUCUUGUUUGCACUAUCUUAAUCCUCCCCUGCAAAACCUUCCAUUGAUUGCUGCCAUACACUUUCUGCUCAGCUGGAUACACGGAGGCAAUGAUUCCCAUGCUGACGCCAACAAACAUGGUGAAAUUAACAUCAGGACUAACAUGGCGUUAGAAAUUAUGCGGAAUCAGUGUCGUAAGUUUAAGGUCUUUGGUGAGAAUUUUGAUUUGCAGAAGCUGUCAUUUUUCUCAGCAAAUCUAUGUGGGCCAUCGGAAUGCCUUCAGCAGCUGACAGCUGUCAUCAGGGAGGAGCUGGGUGGGUCGGGACCUGCUGCCAGUCAAACCCAUGUGCCAGGAAAUGCAGCACAAGUGGGGCAGGAGGGGAAUGUUUUGCAAGACACUGGACAGAAGAUUCAUGGGAACAACAUAGAAACCUUGGGUCAGUUGAUGAAAUCUGUGCCUCAUAAUGACGAGAGUGGCGAAGACCAACUUCUUCACAACAUCAGUGAAAAUGUGCAAGUGGAAGGAAAGGGAGAUAAUGACAGUCUCAGACAACAAAGGAGCAAUGUACAUGAGAAUAAAAAAUUUGAUUCUGAACAUUUUUCAUCCGCUGAAGACCUUAAACAGACCGACAGCAAGUCAGUUAUUAGUACUUUGGUUGCAGAAAGACCCACUCAGAUGGUCCAGGACAGUGACAGCACAGUCCAUUAUCAAGAUGAUAGGGAGUUGGAAAGCAAUCUCAAUAUAGAGCACAGCACUGGUCAAAGCAGUGACACAAAGCUUUCUCAUUUAAUGAUUUCUGGUGCUUAUAUUGCCAGUGCAUGGAAAGACACAUUGAGUUUUUGCACUAGGGAGAUACUAAAUGCUCGAAGUGAAGCAUCUAACAGUGGACAAGUCAGGAACAAUAAUGGAAGUGAUCAACUGCCAGCUGAGCAAAGCAAGAAAUUCACUGAAGAUGAUAAAAAUGUGAACAUUUGUGAUGCCCAAGUGAAUAGAUGUUCUCACAAUGAUGGUACUGUUGAUGUUCUGCUGGUGUUUGUUCCUGGCAAGAGGAUGGUGGCCCAUGUGACAGCCAUUGAAUGUGACUCUGGUCGGCCUCGCUACUGUCCAGGUGAUCUCGAAGUGUGUGUUUACAACAUCCAUGAAAGAAGAUGGCUGCACCUUGGCAGCACAAUUUUUCCUGGUGUAAUUGAUGAGAAGAGUAUGUGGAAAGUAGCUUGCCUGGGAUCGCACGCAUUUUUCACAAGUCUUCAUCAGCAAAGUAUAUUACAGUUGGACCUUGCCACCCUCACCUGGACACACGUGCCUGCUGCACCUGUUUUUCAGACUUUAGUCAACGAGGUGCGAAGUGUGCUGCCACUUGCUGUCAAAGGUCACCUGUACAUCUUGUCUUCUGACAGAUUACAGUUGGACAGUGUCACAGGUCAUUACCUGACUCAUCAGCGUUACUACCGGCUUGAAGAAACUGGAGACUGGAUUGUAGCAGGUGAUGUGGAGCACCACCAUACAGGGCUGCCUCAUACCAUCUUGUCAGUCAGCAAGGGACAGGUGUUUGUUGUUAAAGCUGAUCUCAUGCGCAGCCUAGAGAAGAAUCUGCUGAUUGUUAGAGGAGGACAUGUCUUUGACGUUCAGACAGGCUACUUUACAGGUGCCAUUGAAAAGUUUACUGGAACAAUCUUUGUACCAUCACCUGCUCGCUUUUUGGUACAUGAUGGCAAACUUCACAUUAUUGAUGCUGAGGGCUGGACUUGGCAGUAUCAGCAGCAUCUUGAGCUUUGGGGUGCAGGCGGUAAAGUGGAUCUGUCAGAUAUCCGAUGGUAUCGUGGAGCAGCUGGGGAGUCCUAUUAUCCAUGCUUAAGCAAUGUGUCUACAGCCCAGGACAGCUCCGUGUGGGAGUUGCUGGGGUACUUUAACCAUAGCUCCACACUCCUGGAGUUCAGACUGAAUGCUGGUGGACAGGUCACUACGAUGGUGCACCCACCUCCACCCUGUCGCUAUGUGAUGUCCAUGACAGUUGGGGACAUCAAUUCCAGCCUUAUUGCAGGCUUGGAAAUGUGUCGGUAUUAUCACGAAUGAACAAACUUUUUUUGGAAGAACAUUUUUCUGACUUGAUUGCCAUAUAACUUUCCUGCAUCUCAUUUUCAAAUACAUUGUCAUAAAUAGCUGUUAGAGGAAAGGUAUUGAUAAAAUGUUAAGAAUUUUAGCCUUACGAUUGCUGACCCAUCAUGUUGUUCAAAUAAACUUGAUUCGUUAAAUAAUGUAGUGGAUGUCUAUGAGUCUUACAAAUAUUACUUUAAAGACAAAAGGAAUAAAUUCUUUUUUACGAUAGAUAAGUAGCUUUUUUCAUCAAAGCCUUACAAAAGCAAACAAGUUAUUGACACAUUCAGCAACUAACCCAAUUGCAUACCCUUAUAAACACACACAUAUCCACUUGCACAUGCAAUUCCCUACACAUGGACUCAUGCUGCACCCAUUAAAGCAUUGACAUGUAUAUUUUUUAUUUAUAUAUCAAAAUAGCAUUUCUACAUAUUUAUACUAAAAUAGCAUUUCUCUCUCUAUACAUAUCUAUCAAAAUAGCAUCUCUCUAGAUGUAUAUAUAUCAUAAUAGCUUUUUAAUGGCUGAGAAUCACAAAAGACAGUUUCUUUUGUAAUGCUGCAUGUGUUAUAGCAGGCAAGUGUUAUAAUAAUUUUAAAUGAGAGCCAGUUCAGUUUUUGUAUGAUCUUAAUAUUGUAAGAAAUACUCCGAUAAUGUGGAGGUGAAAUACUAUAAUUAUUGUAAGAAGUACUCAGCUAGCACAUAGGUCACGUACCAUAUUGUAAGAAAUACUCAAAUAACAUUUAGAUGAAAUGCUAUACAGUAAUUUUCCAAGAAAUUUUUUUUCACUUUCUUGCUGAAAUCUUGUGCAAGAGCAGUCUUAAUACAUAUCUGAGAAUACACAUAAUGAAAAUUUCAAUUGGAGAAGAAUUUAAUAUUCCCAGACUUUCCAGCCUUUUUCUGACAUCUUGAUAAAAUUAUGGAUGGGUAUGCAGACUGUAUUAGGAGUAGUGUUUCAUCCAUGAGUCCAAAUGUUCUUAUUUUUAAGAGUAGACACGCAGUAACAGUUGGAGUGGAUGUGUUCAAACUUUUUGCUGCCCAGUGAAAGAACUGGAAAGCUCCAGUUGCAACAGCUUCUGUAUAAAGGUUGUCAGGUGGUCUGGAAUUGCACAAAUAAACACUUGGUUUUUUUCACAUUUUUCAAGUAGAACUGAGAUCUG